AUGUCAUUAAAUAAGUUUUCACUGUCGAAAUUAAACGGCAUAUGGUCUAAAUCCCAAUCAAACCUCCCAAAGAACAUUUAUAACUUCACCAUUCGUUACAUUAAUAACUCACUUCCAACCCGUAAAAACCUUACUAAAUGGGGAAUAUUGUCCAACUCUGAUUGCUCCUUCUGCUUAAACCCUGAAUCCCUUUUACACGUAGUUGCUGGAUGUCAAACGUACCUCCCACGAUUUACAUGGAGACAUGAUUCUGUUCUGAACUUCAUAGCACAAACGCUACAACCUGUAAACAACUCCAAUCUUUUCGUCGAUCUUCCUGGUUAUAAAAGCCCAUCAAUUGUAACUGGUGACACAUUCCGCCCAGACCUACUUCUAUCUAUCAACUCGGAUUGUCUCUAUAUCCUUGAACUUUCUGUUGGCUAUGAGUCUAAUCUACAAACGAAUGUUGAUCGGAAAAGAAGAAGAUACGAAGAUCUCAUUACACAGCAAAAGAAACAAUUUAA